AUACACAUAACAAGAAGAAGUAAAUAAAUACCUUGAAUAUAUCGAACACAAUAAUGAAGCUACUCGGAAGAAACGCAUGUAAAACACGGACUUUUGCAUUACCUGUGGCUGUAAUUAUCUGCCUUUGUCUAGCUGAAAUUGCUGGUCAGUCUAUUUGCGCUAAAGAUCUUGAACCAGUGCCGGUUAACGAAGAUUUAAGGGAAGGUUUGAUCUACAAAGAUGGUAAUGCCAUUAUGUGCACUGAUGGAACAUGCAAGAAACUAUCGCUUGAAAAUCUCAAAAACGCCUAUCCGGACUCGUUUUCGACAGAAGAAGAUGCGGUGGAAACUACAGAAUUGAGGUAUAAUGAAUAUGUUAAAGAGCUCCCGACAGCAUGUACCUCGACAAAACAAGAUACAAGUACUCGAUUUAUCAGUCCUACCUGUCCAAGUUUCUCGAGCUACUUUUUCUGGAGUGACCGUGAUAAAUGUUGUCCUACAUGGCGAUAUGUUACAUUUACACGAGGACCACUCACAAACAUCUACAGAAAGCAAUGCUACAUUCUUCAAAUACCGCAUAUGAAAUUGUACCAGUAUAUCUCCGUCGGAAUUUGCGGAUGGCCAAGCAACUGCAGAACAUGUAAACAACAAUUCACAAUACAGUCCCUGUUAGCAUGGUGUCCAGGAAACGGAGGGGUAAAGAUGCAUCAUUUCAAAAUUCCGACUCAUUGCUCUUGUCAAUGAAGAAGAUAAAAAUAAGAGACAAAACUUUUUAUUUUCACACGUUUUGCUCAUCGGAUUCGUAAGACAUUUUCAUUACUUUUUUAAUCGUUCUAUCUUUUAUUCAAACUACAUGUUCAUGUUAGAUAUUUUCAUUACAUUUUUUAAGCGUUCUAUCUUUUAUUUAAACUUCAUUUUCAUCAUUCUGAUGCUUUGUUUUAAAAUUUUGUUUUCAUAUAUGAAAUCGUACAUCAACAUAUUCGUUUGUUUGUUUGUUUUGGGUUUAACGCCGUUUUUAAACAGUAUUUCAGUCAUGUAACGGCGGGCAGUUAACCUAAUCAGUGUUCCUGGAUUCUGUACCAGUACAA